GGGCUCACGGACAGCCUGCAGGAGCUGUGCAUAGAGCAGCACAAUGAAAGCGUGGCGAACGGAGACGCCAUGGUGGCAGCGGUCGCCAGCGCGCCUCUGGCAGCCAUUUGUAGCUUCGCAAUGACUGGCUGGCGGCACACAGACGCGUCCAUAGCUUCGGUGGCUCGCGCCUGCUGGGCGCCGCAGCUGGCUGGUCUCACCUUCACCAGCGUCGAUGGCCGCUUCCACCACAGAGGGGCUGCAUGGCGGGCGCUGGCCGUCGCACCCCUGGGGUCGCUGCGGGAACUUUACCUUGACUUUGAGCCCUACAUGUCGGCCGGGGUCGCAGCGCACCUCAUGUCUGCGCCCUGGCUUGGCGGCCUGCAAAGGCUCCGCUUAUCUGGCUUGAGCAGGGGCGCUUUUGAGGUGCUGGAGGCCAGUCCCACAUUCUUGCGCUUGCAGGCCUCGCAUUGGGUCGAUGUGUCCGACGUGGAGGCAGAGCAGGCUGCGGGGGCACCUGCCGUGGGCGCCGCAGGUUGA